UGCUUGUCAGGGAGCAAGCUGAUUGGCCGAGGCCUAGCAAAGAGUGGCCGGGAAUCCAAAAACUGCAGGCCGCACUUAGCUUACCGUCAAAAAUAAACCAAAACAAUAACAGACAAAUUCGUCAAAGGGGAGACACACCGAUAGGGACAGGAGACGAAGCUAUCAGUGUGACUGUCUUCAUGGAACAAGGAACUGCAGCUAUCAAGUCGGUUUUAAUGUAAAGGUGUUGUUACUAAAUGUGAAGGUAUUUUUUUACGAAGUGAAGACAUGGAUCAAGGAGGAGGAGUAUUGGAGCUACACACCCAGGAGCUGAAGAUGCCCCAUGCUAUGAUCAUGCAAGAUUUUGUUGCAGGCAUGGGAGGUUUAGCUCACAUCGAUGGAGAGCACAUUGUGGUGUCUGUACCUGAGGGCAUGCUUCUGUCAGACGUGAUGACGGAUGAAGGCAUCCUCCUUGAGCAUGAAUUGGAGGUAGAAGGUCUGGAAACUCAAGUUGUUCAAGACCUGGAAACCGAAGUGGUUGAAGGCCUGGAGACUGAAGUGGUGGAAGGCUUGCAUGCAGAUGUGGACGGCUUGGAAGCAGAAGUUGUUGAAGGCCUGCAGACACAUGUGGUGGAGUUGGAAGCUCAGGUUGUUGAGGGCCUGGAAGGCGAGGUUGAAGUGGAAGGUCUUGAAGCGCAAGUGGUUGAGGGCCUGGAGGCAGAGGUGGACGUUGAGGCCCUGGAAGCUCAUGUUGUUGAAGGCCUCGAAGAAGAAGUGGAAGUACAUGGUUUGGAAGCUGAGGGUGUUGAAGGACUGGAAGUGGACGUGGAAAGUCUGCAGGCUCAGGCUGUAGAAGCUCAUGAACUGACGAGUGAAGACAUGGUCCCCCCAGGUCACAGUGUGAUCAUGCCUGAGAACAUACUGGGGACAGAGGUUGCUAUAGAGGAGGCGUUGGACGCUCAUCAUCACCAUGUUCUUACAGCAGACCUCAUCCAGGACUCUAACCAUCACCACCAUGAUGACAUGCAAGACCAGGUGUUUGUGGCAGAGCUACUGUCUGAACACCAGGGAAACACACUGGAUCACCAGCUGGUGUCAGAAGGGUUGAUGGUGGCAGAAGCCAACACAGAGACCAUAAUCCAUCAACAGCUGCCAACAGAGGAGGUUCCUUUGCAGACUGAUGAGGAAGAUGAUGCAAGAAGUAGCUCUGAAGAUUACCUCAUGAUCUCCCUUGAUGAGGUUGGAGAGAAGUUAGACAUAGGAGACACACCUCUGGAGAUCAGCACAGAAGUCAUGGAAGACAAAGAAAUCAAAGAAGAGGAAGACUCGGAGGUCAUAAAAGUCUACAUUUUUAAAGCAGAAGCAGAUGAUGAUUUAGGUGGAACAGAAGUAAUAACAGAAGAUGAUUAUCAGAACGGCCAUCCUGAUCUGGAGGCCGCAUCAUCUGGGAGAUUGGGUGUUGGUCGUGACAAGAUGGUUUACAUGGCAGUCAAGAACACCAUAAAGGAAGAGGAGGAGGAGGCAGAGGAUGAUGACGAUGAUGAUGAUGACGAUGAUGAGAGUGACGAUGAUGACGACGAUAGUGAUGAAAUUGCCGUUUACAACCUUUGUGCAGGUAAUACCAUUGAUCAGGUGAAGAAUGGAGUUGCUACGCCUUUCUUGCAAAUCAGAGAGGGACUGGGCACAAAUCGUGCAAUCAAACCCAAACCUAAGAAGAACAAAAAAGGAGAGACACGUCAAUGUCAGACUGCCGUCAUCAUUGGACCAGAUGGGAUGCCUCUGACUGUCUAUCCAUGCCACAUCUGUGGAAAGAAGUUUCGCUCACGGGGAUUUCUCAAAUGCCAUAUGAAAAACCACCCAGACCAUCUGCUCAAGAAGAAGUACCAAUGUACUGACUGUGACUUUACCACCAACAAGAAGGUCAGUUUUCACAAUCACUUGGAGAGUCACAAGCUUCUGAGCCACAACACUGAGCGAUCUCCAGAAUAUACCGAGUACACAAGACGCUAUCACGAGUCCAGUCCCCUGGGCUCUGACAAGCUCAUCGUCAAGGACAGAGAGCCCAAACUUCAUCAUUGCAAGUACUGCGACUACGAGACGGCUGAGCAGGGGCUACUGAACCGUCACCUGUUAGCGGUCCACAGUAAGAACUUUGCACAUGUGUGUGUCGAGUGCGCCAAAGGCUUCCGUCACCCAUCAGAGCUUAAGAAACACAUGCGGACCCAUACGGGGGAAAAACCCUAUCAGUGCCCGCAUUGCGAGUUUCGAUGCGCAGACCAGUCCAACCUUAAGACUCACAUCAAGAGUAAGCACGGUGCAGACCUGCCCUUUAAGUGCAACCACUGUCCGCAGGCCUACGCUGAUGCACGGGAACUCCAACGUCACAUAGAGAUGGUGCAAGGCCACAAGACCCACCAAUGUCCACACUGUGAGCACAAGAGCACCAACUCCAGUGACCUUAAACGACACAUUAUUUCUGUUCACACCAAGGACUUCCCCCAUCAGUGUGACGUGUGUGAGAAAGGCUUUCACCGGCCAUCGGAGCUGAAGAAGCACGCCGAGACACAUAAAGGCAACAAGGUGCAUCAGUGUCGGCACUGCAACUUUAACGCUCCCGACACGUUUACCCUGAGUCGUCAUAUCUUGUCCUUGCACACAAAGGAUCUGCCCUUUAAGUGCAAGCGCUGCCGGCGAGGUUUUCGUCAGCCAGCAGAGCUGAAGAAGCACAUGAAGACACACAGUGGUAGGAAGGUUUAUCAGUGCCAGUAUUGUGAGUACAACAGUACGGACGCUUCUGGCUUCAAACGCCAUGUCAUUUCAAUUCACACCAAGGACUACCCCCAUCGCUGUGACUACUGCACCAAGGGCUUUAGGAGGCCUUCAGAAAAGAGCCAGCACAUAGCCAGGCAUCACAAAGACAUGUUGAUGUAAGGUCGUCACAUUAACACUCACGCACUCCUUUCUCAAGUCAAUCUGUGUCUCUCAUCCACAGGUAAUUUUAGUGUAUUAACAGAGAACUGGCUGAUACAGGCAGUUGAUAUAGUAAUUGCUGUUUUGUGUUGUGUCGGAUUUAAACCUCUGCUCUGCAGGGGGAACACACAAAAACAUUUUAUAUUGAGUGAAGUCUGAAAAAGGACAGUGUAUAAUCUAAGUGGGAUGGCUGUAAAUUGUCUUUUGUUGCAGAAAAUUGCAUAUGAACAUAUAUUCAGGGUUUCAAAUGUCUAUAUUUUUUAUACCCACUCAGCUGAAAUGCUGCAAGAUGAUUAGUGCUUUGUGAUCGUCAGCUAGUUGUUCAGAUGAGGCAGGAAACGUUUGCCUCCACAGUACAAGCUAGUAUCCCUAAUAGCAGCUUCGACCCUGACAUUUCUGCUCGGUGUUACGUGAUCUUACAGAAUCAGGGCCAUCCAUAUCUAACUGGGUUUUCAGUCAGUGGCACGCAUAAAGCUUUUUUAUUAUUUAAUAUUGCAACCUUCCUCAUCUUGGAGUUUCCUCACAAACUUGAACACUUGAUGUUCCGUUAAAAUAAUCUUGUAUCAACAGUAUCAAUUAUGUUUCGUCAAACAUGUUAAUCAGAAAUAUUCUGGGCCAGUUUGUUUAGCAAGAAAAAAAGAAGAGUUAGUUGUUCUCAAUUGUACUUCUAAUCUGCAUAUUUCCCACACAGAAAUCCAGCAUUCUAUCUGCAAAGAUAAUCCUGAUAAUUUACCAUUGUGUUAUUAUUAUUGUUGUUCUUAUUACCAUUAUUAAUCUCAAAUGAGCAUAACAGAUGGCAGGCUUCACAUUUAGUAACUCCUGGAGUGGUUGUACUGUAUCUGACUGCCGUUGUAAGUUGCACACAUGUGACACAGAUGUGCUCUCUUUGCUAACCGUCUGAUUGCAGUCAUGCCUUACAUUUGUUUUUUUUAUCCCUUAAGCACUGAUGAACACAGCUAAUCAGAAAACAAACGAUUCUUAACUCUCACACAUGCUGUAUCAAUGCCAUUCUCUCAGAGUUCAAGUCAGUAGAAAGCACUUUAAUAUUUUUGUUUUUGUAUUUUAAUGACAUGUAUGGGAGUUAAUUAUCAAAAGAUAUAUCUGUAUAUAUAAAGAUAUAUCUGUAGGGGAAAAAAAAACAUUCUUCAGGUGAAGGAGAAGACUUCAGUGUUAUUUCUUAACACUUGGGCACGAUCCAUUACUUUAAAAAAUUGUCAUUGAAAGACGUGGGUGAAACUUUGUUCUGUUCUAUGGAUAAGUGAUUGGGUUUUGUGUUUUAUUUGUGCUCACUAACAAGUUUUCCCACACACUAGUCCUACAGUCCUAAAUAACUCAACCCAAUCUCAAGUGUAGGAUUAUUACCUUGAAGUCAAUGGUCAUUAUAUUGGCAUUAGUCUUUAAAGUAUGCACAUAUGCUGUUCAUGAAAUUAAUUGUGGUAUACAUUAAAAAAAUCCCCACAUUUUGUGGAUCUUAGUCUAUAUAUUUUUUUCUUUGAGUCUGAUUGUGGAUAAAUUACUAGUGGGGACAAAAAACUAAAUAAACAGCUAUCUUUUUAACUUAUUUGUGUUGUUUCUCAAAAUAUUUAAAACUAAAAAUUGUAUUAAUAGAUUGGGCUUUAAAAACUAAAUUUCAAACUGAAUUCGUACUUCCUAGUAUCAUCGUUAGCUGUCACUUUCAAUAAAAACUGGCUGUCAUGUAUCUGUAA